UGGUAGUGGAAUUCCUCUACUGGAUCCUAUGAUUCAUCAUAUCUCUCGCAUGAAUGGGCAUACAGCUACAUUUUGUAUUCUCUCAUGAUGAUUUGGACGACGGAUUCAUGGAACCUUAUGAGGUAUCUGAGACUCUUCAAAAGUACACUUCUAUCGAGAUAAUUCUUCAAGGCUGCUUGACCGUUCUCUCUGUUCUCUUCUGGUACCCCUAUUGUUUCUUGUAUUAUGCAGUAAUGAGCUAUUUCAAUAUAAAGAACUGGCGGAAGAAGAAAUUUACGCAACAUUUCAUGACUGGUAGAGAAUAUUCCAAAAGAAUUUAUAUAGAAAGAGUCUCAAAGAUCAAACUUAUUUAUUAUCUUGUAAUCGUCUUCUUUUCUCUUGUAUUUGCAAUGAUUAAAAUUGCUGAGAUCCUAAGCAAGAAUAUGUUUGGCUACGGGCGAAAAAAUAUUAAAUUGCAGUAAGAUUUACAAUACAUAUCAUUCAUUAAUUUAACUGAUAAAUCUUUUAUUCA